AUAAGGAGGCAGCACUCCGCAUUUUAAAGGGAUUUCAGGAGCAUCUGCGUACAUAACAGCCGAACGAAAUCAUACCGACUUGACACCUCUUUCAAACACCUGUGAAUCCACUCUAUUUAAGGACCUACAGACGCCAGACAGUAUGGGAGGCCUGGUCGCAGCGGACUACAUUGUCUUCGGCGUUCUUAUGUUCAUGUCGGCUGCCAUCGGCAUCUUCUACUCUCUGGUGGGAGGAAGACAAAAAACCACCAAAGAAUACCUGCUUGCAAACCGACAGAUGGGGUUGGUACCGAUAGCCCUGUCUCUACUGGUGUCAUUCCAGUCAGCCAUCAUGAUUUUGGGGUACACGGCGGAAAUCUAUUUACAUGGGGUGAUAUUUUGGAUGACAAAUGUUGGCGUAGCAAUUGCCAUCUUCUUAACUGGUCUGGCUAUUGUGCCCUUUUACAGACCCCUGAAUCUUACCAGUUCUUUUGAGUACCUUGAGAGAAGAUUCCAGUCAAAGGCAGUCAGCAGGGUGGGGUCGUUUAUGGGUUUACUAGGAGGGAUUCUGUAUAUGGGAACAGCAACAUACGCUCCUUCUACAGCAGUAGAAGCUGUUACAGGGUUUCCUCUGUGGAUGUCCAUCCUUAUUGCCUCCAUUGUGUCCACAUUCUACACUUCGAUAGGUGGCAUGAAGGCAGUGCUGUGGACUGACGUCUUUCAGUUUCUUGUGAUGGAGGCUGGAAUAUUUGCCGUACUGGGCAAGGGUCUCUCUGUGGCAGGAGGGAUAGAAAAUGUAUGGAACACAGUGCACGACGGAGGCCGUAUGGAAGUGCUUAUAUUGGAUCCUAACCCUACAACUCGUCACACAUUCUGGGGAGUCGUCAUUGGAUCGGCCUUCACCUGGUUUGGUGUGUACGCCACCAAUCAAGCCUCCAUACAGAGAAUAUCAACAGCUAAGUCGAAAACACAGGCAAGAUGGGCAGUAUUCCUCAACAUCCCCGGUCUUCUCUCUCUGUCUAUACCGGUCUGUUUGCUCGGCAUGAUCGUGUAUACCUACUACACCCAGCUGGCGUGCGAUCCAAUGCAAUCACAAGAAAAUAUUAACUCUGGAAAUCAGAUGCUGUCUUUGUUUGUCAGUCAGAUCUUUGAGUCAAAUCCAGGCGUCUCCGGCUUAUUUCUUGCCACUCUAUUUAGUGGAGCACUGAGUUCCAAUUCGUCCACAAUGAACGGCUCAGCGGCCAUUAUAUGGGAGGAUUAUUUCAAACCUCACUUUGGUCACUGGCCUGACUGGAAACAAACACUGUUUACCAAGACCGUAGUCGUUAUUGUUGGUGUUUUGGGCAUGCUAGUAGCCUUUCUGUGCAUGACAGUGGGAGGUCCCGUUACCCAGAUAUCACUAAGCUUUGGAGGAGCUACAGCGGGUCCUCUUGCUGGUUUAUUCUUACUGGGGGGUCUCUUCCCCUGGGCUAAUUGGAUAGGUGCUUGUGCCGGAGCUCUGUCCUCUUUCGGGUUGUUGUUCUGGAUUUCCAUCGGUGCCUACGUCACCAAAAUCAAAUCCUACAAUCCUCCUGUAGAACCCGUCCCUAUUAGCGGGUGCCAUUUCACCGCGGAAAAUGUUACGUUCGAUAACGUGACGUCGUACAUGACGUCAUAUAUGACGUCAACAGGUGCGCUAGAGACAACAUCAAUGGGAUAUCUAAACGGAACAGAAUCACAUGGAGCAGAGUAUACAUUAACAGGACUUGAAUACUUAUACGCUAUAUCUUACAUGUGGUAUGGUUGCAUCGGGAUUCUGCUGACGCUGCUGGUCGGUAUGAUAGUCAGCUUGAUAACAGGUCCGACCCAUCCCAGUGACGUAGAAGAGCUGUAUAUACUGCCAGGUUACCGACGAUUGUUCUAUGGAAAGUCAAGCAAAAUGCUGGAUUUUGAAAAGUCGGAUGAAAUUUGCGUUGGAAAGAAAUACGAAGAUGUGAUGCUGGAGACUUUUAUAGAACGCGACUCCCAGGUAAAAAGCCCCUGUGAUCAGGACAAGUCACGAAAAGAUUCCGGCUGAGCAACCACAGAACAGCGACUUUUACAGAAAAGAGACUUCAGACGCAAGGAUUGACGAUCAAGAGUUUUCAGUGAUUUUAAAAGCUUCGGCCAAAGACGGACUGACCAAUUUGUUUAAACUGAAAGAAAUGUUAGAUGUAUAUCAAGGACAUUAUCUUGCAUAUAAAAAAAUCUUCAUUAAUGUUUUACUGUGGGGUUUGUUUCUGCUUCACAAUCCACGUAUUAUUUUUUUAAAGAGAGAGGUAUGACUGUAAAACAAAUUUCAAAAUAUCCAAGUCGCUGAUAGUGUUAACUUCCAUAGGCCUAUUUGAAAAGACAUUGUCCGUGGGCCUCAAAUUAUGCAUAUAUAGAACAAUACUAGAUAUUUAAAACUGUAUAUCUCUUUCUAAAACGGCGAAUUACUUGUUGCAAUAAGACCCGACAAAGUGAUUAUUGGUUAAGGAAUUUAGUAAUUUGGAGUCGCGGGAAAUGGAUUUAUUUUUAUUUCAAGAGUCAUUGUUAUGUUCAUACUGAUUUUCAUAUUCCAUUUU